AUGAGAUUCAUUUUAGUUUUAGUUUUAAUUUUGGGCUUAGUCUCAUCAUCAUUUGGUAUCAAUGUUGACAAGAAUGAAGUAUCUCAAACCGAAUUACAAUCAGCUCGUGACUUUAGUUCAUUCGCUAUCGGCUUUGCAGAGGGUAUUGAAAUUAGUUUGACUGGUAAUCUUCAUAAAUGUGUUGCUGCAGCCGAAUCAAGUUUCAGUGAAUUCUCAAAUUCCUUCCAUUUAAUUGAUAGUGGUUUGAAACAUAAAUCAUUAGGUGAUGCAAAGAGUGGUCUCCGUGAUUUUGGUAUUGGUUUAGUUGAUUUGGUCAAAACCUACCAAAGAUGUGGUGUUGGAAAAUUCAUUAGUGAAAUCUCUGCCAUUUCAAAAGAAGUUACCAACGAAACUGGUAUCAUCAAACUCAUUAUUCAUGAAGUCAUCGAUAUUUUCCACAACUCCCACAGUUUAACUUCCGAUUUCAAAUCCGCCAUUUCAGAUUGUGGUCGUGGUGAUUACACUGGUUGUGGUGUUGCAAGUGGAAAAAUUGUCGGAAUUUUAAUGAGACAAUAA